CACAAACAAGCGUUCAGGACAAGAAAAAGUGAAAAAAAGCAUCACAAAUCACUUCACAUUCUCGGAAUGGAAAAUAAAUAACAAAAAUUAUUUUAUAUAUAAAUAUAACAGUUACAAUAUGUGUAUAUAUAAAAAUUUGUGUGUAUAUGACGAUAGAAACUUAAAAAACGAUUUGGUUCCUGCUGUUGCCACUGUUUUAAAUGCAACCAGCAGUUAAUAAUAGACAAAUAUAAUGCCAAAUUUAUGCAUACAUAUAGAUAAUUUUUGUGGAUAACGGGAUUUUUUAUAAAUUUACAUAAACAUACAUACUCGUAAAUAUAUUAUGUAUAUAAAAGAUAAUAUAAAAUCGAUUCUUAUAAAAAUCGUGAAGGUGUAAAUUUUACGCUCAUAAAAAAUAAUAUAAAAAAGUUUUUCCUUUUAUUUUUGAUCUCUUUUAAACAUUUUACCUUGAUAUAUGAAUGUUACCAAAAGUUACCGCCGCCAGGAUACGAAAUUCAUUUCAUGAAAAAAUUUAAUAAAUUUUCUCUUUUCGCAAAAUUUUAAUUUUUUUUAAGGUAUUUUUAUUAUUGUAAAUAUUUAUCAAAAAAAACUCAUUAUUUUUCAACCUAAGGAACAAAUGUGAAAUUUGUAAAUUUUUAAAACACAAAAUUAUAAUUUUCGAUAUUAUUUGAAUUUCAAAAUCUAUAGAAAACUCAUUUCUAGGAAAAAAAAUAAGUGAAUGUGAGUGAAAAAAAAUACAAAGAACAGUACGAAUAUAAAGCACAGGGUCAUAAAUCAUAAAAAAAAAUCAGUAAGAAAAAAAAAAAAACCUAUCAAAUUUGUAAUCUUCUUCAGACUUUGAGCAUCAGGUGGUAUCUAGGUGACUUACAUACAUAUGUGCAUGUGAGUAUACAAGAAUAGUGUGCAACAUACAUAACAUAUCCUUGUACAUACCCAUACAAUGAAAAAAAUCAGUGACCUAUAAUAAAAAAAGCAAAAACAACAACAAGAAAAAUAAUCAAAACAAUAAACAAUCAUAAAAAAAUGUAAUAAAAUUCACAAUAAAAAUCAUGAAUUUAUUGAAAGAUCCAAAGAAUACCAUAUAUUAUGAAGAUAGAUAAAAAGGACGAAAACAAAAAAAAUUAAAAAUAGGAAACAGCAUCCGAAAUAAAAGGAAUUCUUUAAUAAAAAUAAAAAAUUGAAAUUGUAAGAGAAAAGCAAUGGAAAUGGAUGUAAAUUUAGUAAAAUGUUUACGCUCAACUGUUGGUAUGUCCGACAUUGAUAGAUGUUAUAAUGAAUUUAUAUUAAACGGUAUAAAUCAAUCGUCACCUGUAAUACAUCAUAAUCAACAUCUAACAACAACAAGUUCUGGAGGAAUAACAAUACCAACAUCAUCUUCGAUAAGAAAAGGAACUGCAACAACAGUAUUAAUAAACAAGCCAAUUAAAAAUAUAUCAUCAACAUUUGCAUCGUCAUCAUCAUCAAAAUCAUCAGAAAUUGAAAUCAAAAUGAAUCAUUUAAAUAAUAAUGAUAAUCAAUUUAAUUAUAAAUCAUAUAAAAAUAUGUCAUCACAACAAUAUAUUUCAUCAAUGCAAUCAUCAACAUCAUCCUUGUCAUCAUCAUCAUUAUCAUCUACUUCAACGUCAACAUCAACAUCAUCAUCUCCAUCACCAUCACCAAUAUUAAAUCGAAAACCUCCCGCUACAAUAUCUGGAAUGUUAGUUAGAAAUAAUGAAAUGGCUAAUAAUAAUGUUCAUUCAAGUAAUGAUAGUAGCAGUAAUAAUAAUAAUAUUGAUAAUGGUAAUGACGACAAUGAUGAUGAUGUUGAUAAUAAUGAUGAAUUGAAUAGUUCUAAUAAUAUUAUAUAUGAUAAUCGUAUUGAUUAUCAAUAUUAUCAAUAUCAUUCAUAUAAUCAAAAUAGUAAAGCAAAAAAUAAAAAGUCAAAGAAUCAAAAGCAAAAUAAAAUAAAAUCAACAACUGCAGCAACAACGGCAGCAGCAACUACAACAAAAGCAUCACCAUCGAUUUUAGGUGCAAUACAACAAACACCAUCAACACCAAUUUCAAAAGGAUGUUGUAUUGCACUAAGUAAUCGCAAUAAAAUUAAUAAAACUCCACAAGAAAUUUAUUUUGAAAGCCGUGGAAAAUCCUGUAAGAAAUUACUCAAAUUUAAUGGAUACUCGAAUAAGAUCCUUUUAUAUCCUGAAGAAAGUUGGGCACGUAGUGCUGCAUCAAGCUAUUGGACUAUAAAACCAUCAUGGUGGCAACCAAAUCGUUGUAAAGUUACCGAAAUAACUGGUUCGCAACGUUAUUCAACAAAAGCUAAAAUGUUAUGCAUUGAAAAAGGUUCUUUACUUGUUAUGGGUUCCUUUAAAAAGAAAUUAGGUGAUUCAGAUUUUAAAUUAUAUUUAAGCUCAAAUAUAACAAUGGAAGAUUAUAAUAUGGGUUAUUGUUUAACGGGUUGGGUAGAAAGACGUUGUUCACAAACGAAUACAUUUCAAAUGACACAUUUUGCUGUUAUUAAAAGGCAAUGGCCGCCGUCCAUUAAUUCAAAUACUAAUGCUAAUACAAAUGAUUCAAAAUCAAAUUAGAAAAUAAAUUAAAUAUUUGCAUAAUAUAUAGAAAAUAAUUUAGAAAUUUAUGCUAAAAAAAAAUAUAGGAAAAUAAGAUUUUAUGAAUGUAUUUAAGAAAAAAUAAAAUUAACAUUGAAGAGAUUGUAAUUUUGAAUUGGUAAAAAAAACAUUUUGAGGUUUAAAUUAA